AUGGUGCUAUAUAAAAGGAAGCCAAUAGAGCUACCUCGUCCCAAACCCUUACCAAGCGAUCUCAAUGUUCAGAUAUGGCAUAUUGAUGAGACCGGUGAAUGGUUUCCGACUUAUGAAGAGUAUUUAGAGAGAUUAGACUUUUACACAAGACAUCAGUUUACAUGUGAGAUCACAGGUGCUUCUUGUUUGACUUUUUUCGAAGCCUUAGACAGUGAAGAGUCAAGGUUCAAAUACGUGGAGGAGAAAUUCCCAUUAAAAUUGAGAGAACCUGUAGCAAGAUUUUUACAUUUUCAUGAAAUCAGAAGAUUGGAUGUACUGGUUGAAAAGGUUUACGCAAGAUUUAAGAACGAUUAUUUCCCUGGUGAACUUGUAUAUUUGCGGAAGCCAAAUUCGACUGCAAGUAAUGCUAAUUCUACUGUACCGUCUGAGACAAGCACACCAGCGCCACCACCACCAGAGGAUCCCAAGAAAUCAGGUGAAUCAAGCGCCACAUACUUCUACCCCAUCAGAAAAUAUGAUCAAUUAACACCACCUGCACACCCAUACAUUAUUAAGGAAAAGGUUCAAUUCAACGCUAAUUCGGAUACUAAUCCAGAUGGUAAGACUGGACCUCAAACAAAGUACAUGCUGAUUGAUGAAAAGGAUCCCCACGACUCAGUCAUUGCUGAUGAAACACAAAUAUACAGAGACAGAUCGACAUUUACAAAACAUCUAAUAAAGUGCUUUUUCAAGAUCACAUUCCAGAAAGCCUCAUAUAAAAUGGGUGCGCCAUGGUGUGUUAAGCCAGAAUACCUUGCAAUGUAUGGUCUGACGAUGGACUGGCCACCCGAAAUGUUGAAGUAUAAGGCUGAGCCUGGCCAUGUCCAAACAGAUGAUGAUGGCGAAGAGUCUGAUAGAGAUAGGAAAAGAAGCCACUCUGGUAGACAUGAUAGUUCUGAUGAAGGGGAAGGUAGAAAAGAAUCUAAGAAAAAGAAGAAAAACACUUUGAAAAAAGAGGAACCAACUGAGCAGAAGGAAACAACCGAAAACAUUAGUACAGCAUCAGAUAUAGAACAAAGUGCUCAAGUACAAGAAACACCACUAUUAGCUUCUGCUGCUACCACAAUUACCAGUAUCGUUGAUGAUAUGGUUUUACCAUUCCAGCCAUUAGCCCAACAAGUUUUUGACAAAUUACAUCAAUAUAAUAUCAACCUGGAAUCUUUAGAUGUCAAAGAAACAGAAAACGAUACGGCGUUUCCAGCGUUUGAUAAGAUACUCCAAAUUAAUCAAUUUUUAAACACGUUCGGAAAUAAGUUAUACAUUUCAAAUUUCACUCUAGAGCAAUUUAUUACCUCUUUAAAAUGUAGUGAUCCAUAUGAACUGAAGGGUGAAGUUGUUUAUGUUAACUUGAAAAAGGAUCAGAGUGAAAUUGAUGACGAUGAUCUAAGUGAUUGGAAGAGAAAUAGCAAGAUGAGAAAGAUGAUUAAUAGCAAAAACGACGAAUACGUUGAAUAUAGGAUUAUAAAAGACGACCCUGCAGAUGAUGAAAUGAUUGAUAAUAUCAACUCUAAUGGAUCAUCCUUGUUUGUUGAGUGUUUUGUUGCACUACUUCGUUUAAUUAUCAAUGAAAAUGGAGACUGGACAUGCCUGGUAGUAGAAGAAUGGGUAGAAGACAAAGAUAUAAUGGAAUUGCCUAUCAAAAAUGAAGAAAAUUCCAACAAUGUAGAAGAAAUAAAAGAGGAGGAUGCCAAAUCAGAAGAUGUGGAUAUGAUCAAACAAGAAAAUUCUAAUGAAGGUGCAACUGUCAAGUCCGAAGUAUCUGACGUCCCUAAUGGUACUAGUAAUGAUAAUGAAAAGAAUUAUGCUGUUGAAAAUGGUAAUUCAGAAAUUUCCACUAAUGAUCAAGAAUCUCUACAAGAGGCAGAAGAAGAAAAAGAUCAAGAACGGGAAGAAGAAGACGAUUCAGAGAGUAUUGAAGAUAUCCUUUACAAAUGCUUGAAUUAUAGAAACGUCAAUUGGGCCGAGAGGCUGAGUAAAAGACAAUUCAAUAACAAUAACUGGCUGUUAAUCCUUCUCGGUGUCUUUGAAGAUUGUAAGCAUAUCCCAAUGUAUACGGAUAUAAUCCAGAAUAUGUUUCAAAAAAUUCUACCAAAAGGUGUUGCUCAGACUCAAAUACCUAAACAGCUAUGGAGAAAUUUUUGUAGAAACCUAACCCUAAAAGAAAAAGUGGACGCACUUUGGAUUUUAGUAGACCUUGUAUCUAAUUACUGCUCAGAGGUUCGUUCAUUUGUCGAUGAUGCCAUGGAACUUUGUGGUAUAAUAAGAAGUGAAAGGUUCAGAGUAUCAAAAGAAAUUAAGAAUGUAUCCAACAGUCUCUAUCAAUCUACAAUUCAGCUUCGCGAACUUGAAACCAUCGCUCAAAUGGGUGGACAAGCCACGACAUUCACUAAUAUUGAAAAUCUCCAAAUACAACCUGCCAAUGGGGAUACCAAUGAGAUUAAGCCUGCUGAAAAUGGUGAAGAAAACAGUAGCUCUCAACUGCCAGUUACUGAGAGGAUUGAGAAACUGAAACAGGAGUUGGAAGAACUGGAGCAAAAAUUAGCCACUCUGCAAAACGAUAAAACUAUCUUAGAUAAACAAUUGAUGCUUAAUGAUGGCCAGAGACUUCGCUCACUUGGAAUGGAUAGAUACGGCAACAAGUACUUUUGGUUUGAGUUGUUUGGCCAAGUGCUGGACACAGUUCCUAAGUCCGAUGAUCAUAACGAUUGGGAGGGUUUAUCAUACCAAAAUGGUAGGGUAUGGUUGCAAGGACCUCACAAGGAUGCUGCUAAAUUCUUUUUGGACCUAUCUGAAGAACAGAUAACAAAUUGGAGAAGAAUCGCCAAACAAGAUGGUCGCGUUGCAGCUACUAAAGAGGUGUUUGGUGUUUACACAGAAGGCAACAAAACGUUAUAUAAUCAACCGGAUGGUACUUUAAUCGUCCUAGUGGAUGAGGAAGGUAAUGUUAACCAGGAUAUUACUUUGACACCUAUACUAAGAAAAAUUAUUGACGAAACACCUGCUGCAUUGCUACUAUCCGAAGAGCAGUGGUAUGCUGUUGAAACAUAUGAAGAUUUCGAUUUCAUGCUAAACUCAUUCAAUCAAUGGGGUCGUAAGGAACACGAUUUAAUCAAACAAGUGAGACCAGUUCAAGAAUAUAUCCAGGACGUAUAUAUGAUUAGAAACCAUAAUCUAAAAUUAUCUGAUCUGAACGAGACUGAACAAUCGUUGAUCAAUGAGUUAAAGGAAUAUGAGUUUAAUGAUACGGAACAUGAGUUGAUGAAAGGCAGCGAUAAUCCAAAUAACACUGAGGGGCAAUUGGAAAAGAUUGAAAAAUCAUUGGAUACCAUUGUCCAAAGGGUAAUGGAAUUGGAUGACCAAGGGGAAACUGAUGAAAAUAAAGCUGAAUUGAAGACACUUGAGGAAGAGCGUGACCGUCUACUUGCAGAACAAGACAAAUUAGCAUCCAAUGGAGAUAAUGGAGGGCGCCUGAUGGCUAGAUCCGAGAAAAAGAAGAUGUUAGUGAGAAUACAAACUAAGGUUGAAAAACAAAUGGAGAUUCUUACCGAUUUAAUAAAUAACAGACAUUUUAAAGCCAUGGAGGAUGUCAUCGCAUGGAAGAAUGAUAUUUCUCUCAAAGUGUGGGGAUCAGAACUCCGCAGGAAUGCAUCUGGUGCAAAGAAAAAUACUAUCACUGAGACGGUUGCAGAAAGAUUCGAUGAAAUAGUUGACCUAACAUCCAGAAUUGCUAGUCAAUAA